AUGGCUGGCUACCUGUUCCUGAUUUUUCUCUUUUCCUUUAGUACAUCUCUUCAAAUGUCUGGUAAUGGAAUAUUUUCCAUCUAUAAUGAAGACAGCAAGCUCUGUGCAGAAGCUCAAAACUCUAGCUCAGUCAUAACUGCUGCCUGUGAUGAGCACAACGAGUUUCAAAAGUUCAAGUGGGUCUCUGCCAUGCAGCUGCUGAGUGUGGCACUCAAGCUGUGCUUGGGAGUACUCACCAAGGACAAUGAGGCCGCUGUCACUUUGGAAUCCUGUAACAGGACAAACGACCUCCAGUGGUGGGAGUGUAGAAAUGAGACGCUUGCAACCCAUGGCAAGGAUUUAUUUUUCAACUAUGGCAAAGGGAAGGGGAAGAAAAUCAGGUUGUCCAAAGGAUCAGGCAAAGGGAGCAGGUGGAAAAUUCAUGGAACUGCAGACAGCCUGUGUUCUCAGCACUAUGAGGAUAUCUAUACAUUGGGAGGAAAUGCAUUUGGUGCACCUUGCUUAUUUCCUUUUAAGUUCAACAAGAAAUGGUACGCUGAGUGCAUCCCUCGAGACGAUGAUCCAGGCUCUCUCUGGUGCGCAACUUCUUCAGAUUUUGAUAAAGAUCAAAUUUUUGGAAAUUGUCCACUAAAAGACACCAUCCAUAACAAGCUUUGGAAGACAAACCCUGUGACAGAAACCCACUAUCAGAUAAACUCUAACUCACUUUUGACAUGGCAUCAAGCAAGAAAAAGCUGCCAGCAACAGAAUGCAGAAUUAUUAAGUGUCACAGACCUUCACGAAGAAAUGUAUUUAUUAGGGCUCACUAGUGACCUGGGUAUCAAUGCAAAGCUCUGGACUGGUCUUUUCAGUGCACUUGACAGUGGCUGGCAAUGGAUUGGGGGCAGUCCUUUCAGAUACCUAAACUGGGCUCCAGGAAAUCCCUCUGUGGAAUCUGGAAAAAUAUGUGGGACCUUUCAAGGUAGGAACGGUAAAUGGGAAAACCAGAUGUGUGAUCGGAAACUGGGAUAUAUCUGCCAAAAGAGAAACUCUUCUAUAGAUUCCUCCAGUACUCCCUCAGGUAAAUUAAAGCCUAUUAAAUGUCCCAGGGAGUGGGUGGCCUAUGCAGGCCAUUGUUAUAGAAUUUACAGAACACCCAAAAUAUGGAAAGAAGCCCAGACUUCCUGUAGAAAAGAAGAAGGAGAGCUGGCGAGUAUUCAUAACACUGAGGAGUACAGUUUUGCGGUGUCUCAGCUUGGGUACAAGCCCGAUGAUGAGCUGUGGAUUGGUCUAAAUGACUUCAGGGUUCAAAUGUAUUUUGAAUGGAGCGAUGGGACACCUGUGACUUAUACCAAAUGGCAUCAUGGAGAGCCAACUCACACACAGAAUAAGGCAGACUGCAUCGUUAUGAAAGGAGAGGACGGAUCCUGGGCUGACAGCGCUUGUGAAACAAAACUUGGUUACAUCUGUAAAAGGAAACCCUUGGCAGAAGAACCAGGGAAAGAUGAGGUUACUCACCCAGGCUGCCAGAAAGUAACAUCUUUCCUGCUGAUGAAGCAUGGCUUUUACUGCUACUCCAUGGCACAGUUACCAGCAACAUUUUCAGAAGCAAAACAAAUCUGUGAAGAAAACAAAGGUUACCUGGCUACGGUGAGAGAUAGAUAUGAACAAGCAUUUUUCACUUCUGUAAUUGGAUUCAAUCCAGCCAAGUAUUUCUGGAUUGGUCUGUCAGACGUGGAGGAGCAGGGGACAUUCAAGUGGGCCAGCGGGGAAGCAGUUACCUUCACCCACUGGAAUGCAGGAAUGGAAGGAAGGGAGUCCGGUUGCGUGGCCAUGAACACAGGAGCUUCAGUUGGAUUAUGGGAAGUUUUGAAGUGUGAAGAAACAAACAUGUUUCUCUGCAAGCAGCUGGUGGAGGGAGUGACUCCCCCACCUCCUCCAACUACGACCCCUCUCCCAUCAUGCCCAGAAGGAUGGAAAUCCAUUUCUCACAGCAGCGCCUGCUUCAAAAUUUUUCAGGGAGGAAGGGAGAAAAUGCAGACGUGGUUUGGUGCAAGAGAUUUUUGCAGAGCCAUCGGAGGAGAUCUGGCAAGUAUCCACAGUGAAGAAGAACAAAAUCUAAUAGCUGACUUAAGGAGAGAUUAUCUUCAUGUAUCUUACUGGAUGGGUUUAAGUGCCUUGGACUCUGAUGGGGGAUUUGUGUGGAGUGAUGGCUCACCAGUAAAUUUUGAAAAAUGGGCCAGUGGAGAACCAAACAAUUAUGAUGGAAAUGAAAAAUGUGGUGUGUUUAAUGCCUACACUAAUAUGAAAUGGAAUGAUUUAUAUUGUGAACAUAUGCAGGACUAUGUUUGCCAAAUAAAAAAAGGAGCAACACUAAAACCAGAGCCUACUUCCACAUUCAAUUAUGAAUAUAUUGUUACAGAAGAUGACUGGAUAAUAUAUAAUCACAAGGAAUACUAUUUCAGCGAGGAAGCAAUGCCUGAGGAAAAAGCCAGGGACUUUUGCAAGAAGCAUGGUGGUGAUCUGGCUGUCAUUGAGACUGAAAGUGAAAAAAAUUUUCUUUGGAAAUACACUUUUUAUAAAGACUGGGGAAAUAACUUUUAUAUUGGCUUAAGUGUGAGUCUUGACAAGACAUUCCGGUGGAUGGAUGGAACUCCAGUGAACUAUGUUGCUUGGGCUCCAAAUGAACCAAAUUUUGCAAAUAAUGAUGAAAACUGUGUGGUCAUGUAUACCCAAACAGGUACAUGGAAUGAUCUCAACUGUGGCAGCGUUGAGUUAUUCAUCUGCGAAAGGCUUAACAAUUCUGUUCGUCCAACUGUUGCUCCCACUACAGCACCACCAAAGGGUGGGUGUUCAGAAGACUGGCUCCUCGUUGAUAACAAGUGUUUCAUAGUAUUUGGCCUUAAUGAAAAUGAUACAUUGACGUGGCAUGCUGCACGGAACAAUUGCAUUAAUUUGGGAGGAAACCUGGCCACUAUAACAAAAAAGGAAACACAAGCUUCCCUCAUGUCCCUCUUAAAAAAUGCUGCAACUGAUGCUUGGAUUGGGCUGAAUGACAUAAAUCAGGAGCACACAUACUUAUGGACAGAUGGAAGCCCAGUUUACUAUACAAAUUGGGCAAAAGGUUCCCGAAGUUAUUAUAGUAAGGAUGAUUGUGUCUUUAUGAUGAAGAAUCCUAUUGAACAGGCAGGGAAAUGGAAAGAUGAAGAAUGUAAAACAAGCAAAAGCUACAUAUGCCAAAAAAAUUCAGACCCUAAACUGCAAAACUCCCAACCCGUAGACCCAAUGUUUGGAUUUAACAAUUAUGGUGAUGACCGCUAUGGAGUCAUCAACUACAAAAUGAGCUGGGAAGAAGCACAGAAGAACUGCAGAGACCAGUUUGCAGAACUUGCCAGCAUUUUGGAUCCUUAUGUCGAGUCCUACUUGUGGUUACAAAUAUUAAAGCAUGGGGAGCCUGUAUGGAUUGGUUAUAAUAGCAACAAUACUCAUGGCCAUUACUUAUGGUCAGAUAGAAGGAGGAGCAGGUAUCAUAACUGGGCCAGCGGAGAACCAAAUAAGAACACAGCCUGUGUCUACUUAGAUUUGGACGGUUUUUGGAAGACAGCAUCUUGCAACGAAACAUUUUCCUCUCUCUGUAAACAGUCUGAUGAGCUAAUCCCUACUGAACAACCGCAGCUUCCUGGGAGGUGUCCUGAACCAAAGCAUGGUAGAUAUUGGGUUCCCUUCCGUGGUCAUUGUUACUAUGUUCACACCACCUCUGAGGCAAGCUGGCCUGAUGCUUCCAUGAUGUGCAUUCAAAUGGGUGCUUCACUGGUUUCCAUAGAAGAUUCAGCUGAAAUGAACUAUCUCUUACUCUAUUUGUCUUCACUUGCAAGUGACUUCAGAAGGUUUUGGAUAGGAUUGUUCAGCAAUAUUGAUGGGGAAUGGGUAUGGACAGAUGGAAGCACGGUAGAAUUUGUCAACUGGGAGAAAGGAGAGCCUACAGUAAUUUUUAACGAACACUGUGUGGACAUGGAUGUCUCAACCGGAACCUGGAGGAACUAUUUCUGCUCUAUCGACCAGAACUUUAUUUGCAAAAUCCCCAAAAUUAUUGAAGUUGAGCCAACCCAUGAUUCACAUGUCAACAAAGCAUCAAAACCUGAAGCUUCCACUUCAUCUGCAGGUCGCAUAGGUGGGUUGAUUGUUAUACUGAUUUUCCUUCUGCUAACAGGAACUGGUCUUACAUUCUAUUUCUUCUAUAAAAAAAGGCAAGUUCAACAAACAUUUACAGCCAGUUUUGACAAUGCCAUAUACCGUGGUGGUGCUGACCUUGGAACUCAUGAAUCAAAUUGUCUUGUGACCAAUAUUGAAGAAAAUGAGCAGGCAACAGUUUAA